AAUCUCAGGGUUGUAUGUGAUGACGUGUAUGUGCUCUGAUAAGAAGUUUAUUUUGAACUUAAACUCCAGCGAGUACAGGCCCAGACCAAUCAGACAGUUGUCAUGGUCCCAAUUCCAGCAAAUCCUUUCUUGGAUCUGGGGCCAAAACAGUGACUCAGAAGGUGAUGCCCGCGUGCAACCAGCUGCCAGCAGAAGUGCUGGGUGUGGAUUCCGUUGAAACACUCAGGAGAAGUUUGGAUAAGUACCUGGAUGGGAGGGGUACGCAGGGUUACGGUCCCGGCGCAGUUGAAUGGGACUAGAACGAACGAUAGAUGAGGCAUUGGUCGUGUGGCUAGCCAGAGGCUUUUUCCCAGGGCUGAAAUGGCGAAAAGGAGGGGACAUAGUUUUAUGGUGCUUGGAAGUAUGUUCAAGGGUGAUGUCAGUUAGAGAGUGGUGAGUGUGUGGAAUGCACUGCUGGCGGUGGUGGUGGAAGCGGAUACAAUAGGCACUUUUGACAGACACUUAGAUAGGUACAUGGAGUUUAGGAAAAAAAUAGUAGGGUAAUUCUAGGCAGUUUCUAGAGUAGGUUACAUAGUCACACAACAUUGUGGGCUGAAGGGCCUGUAAUGUGUUGCUCCAGGUUCCAGUUCUUGAAUCCUGUGUCUCCAGUUAAUGAACUUUGAGCAGACACAAGAGACUCUGCAGAUGUUGGAAAUCUAGAGCAACACACAGAAGGCGCUGGAGAUCCAGCCAACAGGACAAGUCAGACCACACUUGGAAUAUCAUGUUCGGUUCUGGUCGCUUCAUUAUAGGAAGGAUAUGGCAGCUUUGGAGAGGGUACAGAGGAGAUUUACCAGGGCGCUGCCUGGAUUAGAGAGCGUGUCUUUAUGAGGAAAGGUUGAGUGAGUUAGGGCUUUUCUCUUUGGAGGAAGGAGGAUGAGAGGUGACUUGAUAGAGGUGUAGAUCAAAUGGAUAACUGGAGAUUUUUUCCCAGGGCAGAAAUGUUUAAUGGGGGGGACAUAAUUUUAAGGUGACUGGAGGAAAGUAUAAGAGGUAAGCCUUUUACAGAAAGUGGUGUGUGGGUGGAAUGGAAUGCACUGCAGGGGUGGUAAUAAAGGCAGACACAUUAGGGACAUUUAACAAACUCUUAGUUAUGCAUGUGAAUGAUAGAAAGACGGUGGGUUACUAGGAGGGAAGGGUUAGAUUGAUUUUCGAGUAGGUUAAAGGGUUAGCACAAUAUUUUGGGCCGAAGGAUCCGUACCGCGUUGUAAUAUUCUAUAUUUUAUGAUCUCAUGGGCCAGGCAGCGUCUGUGGAGGAGAAUAAAGAGUCGACGAUUCGAACUGAGACCCCUGGUCGGGACUAGAAAGGAAGAGGACAGAGGAUUCGAGUUUUUAAGCCCGAACCGUCGCCCAUCCAUCUCUGUUCGCAGAUGCUGGCUGGCUCGCCGAGUUCCUCCAGCGCUCUCUCUCUCCAUUGAAUAAACUUUGAGGCGGUAGUGUGAACUCUCGCCGGCGUGGCCGCGUCCUCUUUCACCACUGAUACCCCAGCAGCGCCGGCGAGGUCCGAGGUCCACCCGCUUCCAGGCCACUGCACCUCAGUCUCGGAGCCAAGUUAGGUCCCUCCCCGCCGCUCAUUAUUACGUUGCGUUUGUCCGGCGGCCGGCGCGCUGCGCGGGGUCGCGAAUGGAGCUCGCCGAGCGGAUCAGGACCUCGCAGGUGGACGAUGUGGUCCUGUCCCGGCCCUUCCUGCAGCCGGUGAAGGGCACCCUGUGCGUUAGCAGCCACCACCUGCUGCUCUCGUCCCGGACUGGCGACGCCGCUGAGCUUUGGCUUCUCAUCAGGAACAUCGAUGCGAUCGAAAAGAGUGUUCAGAACCUGAGGGGAUACCAAACCAUUCAGUGUGUGGAUGAGCCAUACGGGGACAGGUUUUCUGGGUCCUCAGGGAUAAUAACAGUAAAGUGUAAGGAUCUGUGUGUCUGGUUCCUAGAGAUUCCAGGAAUGGAGGAAUGCUUAAACAUUGCAAGUUCUAUUGAGGCCCUGUCGUCCCUGGAGUCCGUCACUGACACGUAUCCCUUCUUCUACCGGCCAAAGAGUCUGAGGCUGCAGCAAGGCUGGGACCUGUGCCCCCCGGAAGUCCAGUACGACAGGCUGUCGGCACACACUAACAAUUGGCGCCUUAGUUAUGUGAACAAGGACUUCGCAGUGUGCUCGAGCUACCCGGAUGCUGUGAUUGUCCACAGGUCCAUCAAUGAUGCUGCACUGAAGGUUGUGGCCAAGUUUCGGCAGGGAGGCCGGUUCCCAGUACUCAGUUACUAUCACAGGAAGAAUGGAAUGGUGAUAAUGCGCAGCAGCCAGCCGCUAACUGGCGCCAACGGGAAAAGGUGCAAGGAGGAUGAAGACAUCCUGGCCGCCGUGCUCCCCCCUGGAUUGGCGGGUUACAUCAUCGACACGCGCUCUGUCCAAGCGGCACAUCAGGCCAAGGUCAAGGGCGGCGGCUGGGAAUCGAAGGGCAACUACCCAAACUGGAAGAGACUACACAAACCCAUUGACAGAGGCCGGGUGCUGCAGGAGAGCCUGGUGAGGUUGGUUGAUGCCUGUAACGACCAGUCCAACAGCAUCGACCGGUGGCUCAGUAAACUGGAGGCUUCGAAGUGGCUGUCUCACGUGAAAACCAUCCUGACGACUGCCUGCCUGGCUGCACAGUGUGUGGACAGGGAGGAGGGCUGUGUUCUGAUCCAUGGCUCGGAGGGGAGAGAUACCGUACUCCAGCUCACAUCCCUGGCCCAAGUGAUCCUCGAUCCAGACUGUAGGACCAUCGGUGGCUUUCAGGCUCUGAUAGAGCGAGAGUGGCUCCAGGCCGGCCAUCCAUUCCAGCUCCGCUGCGCCAGUUCGGCCUACUCUCACGCCAAGCCGAAACACGAGGCUCCCGUCUUCCUCAUCUUCCUGGACUGCUGCUGGCAACUGAGCACCCAGUUCCCCUGCUCCUUCCAGUUCAACCAGCACUUCCUCGUCACUCUCUUCGAGCACGCCUACGCCUCCCGCUUCGGGUCCUUCCUGUGCAACUCCGAGGAGGAACGGUCUCUGCUGAAAGUGAAGGAGCGCACCAUCUCUCUUUGGCCAUGGAUAAACAGCCCCGGUGAGCGUGAAAAAUACCUCAAUCCUCUGUAUGAGAGGAACAGCCUCACCAUCUGGCCUUCGGUGGCCCCCCAGAGCCUACAGCUUUGGAAUGGCUUGUUCCUCAGAUGGAAGCAAUCGUCAGAACACCACAUUGAGGCCUGGGAGCAGAUAAGUCACAUAAUGAGGCACGGCAGGAGAGAGUCCAUUCCAACGGCAGCAAAGGAAAACCAGGUUGGAAAUGAGGAGUCUGCUCAGGUAACAGGGUAGACCUGAGUGGUCUUACCACAAAUCACCACCUUUACAAAUAGAUUCAUCCUGUCAAGAUCAUUGUCAAUGCAGCGUGCCUAAAGACCAAGUUUAAAAAUAAGGUCUCGCCCAGAUGGCACUGAUGGGUAAAGUGAAUGGUUUCCAUCCUGAGAAACAGUUGUACCCAAAUAAAGUUUGGAAAAGAUCAUUAUUUUAUUUUUAUUUGGUCUUCGGACAUGAACUUCGAUUGAACUGUGGACAUGUAUUGAUAAGGGCUUUCAGACUACCAGCACACCGUGGAUUUACCUUGUAGAUGGACUUGCCUCUGUGGGAGACGGAGAUGGCUCAGGAGGGCUGAAGUGAUGUGGCCUACAUCAGAACUGCCAGGUUUACUGAAGAAACACCGGAUUUACUCAGCAGGCAGGGCUGCAACUGUGGAGUAAGAGACUCGGUUACUGUUUCAUGGGAACGAACCUCCAUCAGAGCUGGGGCUCUCGCCAGUACUAGACGUGGAACUGCCUAAUCAGUAUUUUAUUUCCCGUUUGGUGAAUUUACUCAGCUUGAUACAUUGCUGCAACUUUUGACACUAGUAUGAAAUUCUUUGUUGAUAAUUACUCCAUGCUUGCACAGUGUCAGUGAUGUGUUAAUGACAAAGAAUGGUACAGCACAGAACAGGUCCUUUGGCCAUAAUGUUGUGCUGGCCCUUUAACCUACUCAAAGAUCAAUUAACUAACUCUUCCUCCCCCAUAGCCCUCCAGUUUUUCUUUCAUCCAUGUGCCAAUCUGAGUCUCUUAAAAGUUCCUAAUAUAUCUGCCACUGCCACCACUCACUAUGCUUUCUCUUAAAAAAAACUUUCUCUGACACUCUCUCCAUACCUUCUAGCAAUCACCUUAAAGUUAUGGCCCCUUGUAUUAGCCAUUUUCACCCUAGAGAAAAAAAAUCUCUGGCUUUUCUAUCAAUGCCUUUUAUGAUCUUGUACACCUCUAUCAAGUCACCUCUAAUCCACAUUCGCUCCAAAGAGAAAAGCCCUAGCUCUCUCAGACUUUCCUCAAGACACACACUCUAGUCCAGGCAGCACCUGGUAAAUCUCCUCUGCACCCUCUUUAAAGCUGCCAUACCCUUCCUAAGAUGAGGUGACCAGAACUGAACACAAUACUCUAGGUGUGGUUUGAGCAGGGUUUUAUGGAGCUGCAACAUUACCACGCAGCUCUUGAACUCAAUUCACUGACUAAGGAAGGGGAACAUACUACAGACCUUCUGAACGGAUUUCUUUAGUAACAGUGCGAAGUCGGAUCCCUUGAGCCAAACUGCCUCAGCAACCACCAACAAACCCGAUUAACCCCAAUCUAAUCACAGGACAGUUUGCAAUGACUAAUUAACCUGCCUGGUACUGCCUUGGACUGUGGGAGGAAACUGGCAGAUCCUGAGAAUUCCCAUGCAUUCCGUGGGGAGGAUGUAGAGAACGUGUCGGAAUUGAACUCUGAAACGCCCUGAACUGUAGUAGUGUAGCGCUUAUUGCUACAUUACUGUGGUGUGCCAUGUGGCAUCUUUUGGGGUAUCUAUGCUCCCUAAUCCAGACAGCAUCUGAGUAAAUCUCUGCACGCUCUCUGAAGCUUCCACAUCGUUCCUGUAAUGAGGUGGCCAGAACUGAACACAACACUCUAAGUGUGGUCUCACCAGAGUUUUAUAGAGUUGCAACGUUACCCCACAGUUCUUUAACUCAUUCCCCUCACUAAUGAACACACAACGCACCGUGGACCACCCUCUCAACUCAUGUGACAACUUUCAGGUAUCACUGAACUUUGAUCUCAAAAUCCCUUUGUACCUCCACUCUGCCAAAAAUUGUGCCAUUAACUCUGAACCCAGCUAUCAAAUUCCAUCUUCCAAAGUGAGUCACUGCACACUUUUCCUGGGUUGAACUCCGUUUACUAUUUCUCAGCCUAGCUCUGCAUCCUGUCAAUGACCCGUUGUAACCCUCGACAACCUUCUACAUUGUCCACAGCUCCACCAGCCUUUGUAUCCCCUGCAAACUGACUUAACUGAGACGCAGAGAAGUUCAGUAGGUGGCAUCUCAGGGUGUGAACUGGAUCAAAGGCGAGCAUGUACUUCAGCACAAUUAUGCUGAUAUUAAAGAAAAAUUAGUGAAAGAGACUGACUGGCAAAUGAAACCAAAUUAGAUUUAUGGUCACUGACUUGUAUGGCAUGAAAUUUGUCACUUUGGGGCAGCUGUACAGAGCUAAGACUUAAAACUACUGCAAAUUAGAAAAUAAUUGAUGCAGCAUGAUGGCGUAGUGGUUAGCACAACACUUUACAGUACCGGCAACCCAGGUUCAAUUCCUGCCACUGCCUGUACAGUUUGUACGCUCUCCCUGUGACGACGUGGGUUUCCUCCGGGUGCUCUGGUUUCCUCCCACAGUCCAAAGACAUUCCAGUUGGUAGUUUAAUUGGUCAUUGUAAGUGUCCCGUGAUUAGGCUAGGAUUAAAUCACACGACUGCCUGGUGGUGGAACUCGAAGGGCCAGAAGGACCUUGUCUGCACUGUAUCACUAUCAUUGUGGAUCUCCCCCUCCCUCUCCCACUUUCAAAUCUCUAUCUCUUCUUUCAGUUAGUCCUGACGAAGGGUCUCGGCCUGAAACGUCGACUGUACCUCUUCCUAGAGAUGCUGCCUGGUCUGCUGCGUUCACCAGCAUUUUUUAUGUGUGUUGCUUCAAAAUUCCAGCAUCUGCAGAUUUCCUCGUGUGUGUGUGUGUGUUAAAUGAGGUACUGAUAAUGUUUCCUUCUCCCCAACCCCUGGUCAGUUGAUUCUAGGUCUAUUUUUAUAAAUAACAGAAUAAAUCUAAAUCACAUUCCAGAUUUGCUAUGCUGUCUGAAUUAGUCAAAUACUUGUGUUUAAGUGUGAAUGAAAAUAUUAACCACACUGACAUCGGAUUCCACCAGGGUAGGGAAGCUGUACCCCUAAUAAUCAGAAUUAUGUUCAGUAUCACCGGCAUAUGUCGUGAAAUCUGUUAACUAUGCAGCAGCAGCACAAUGCAAUAGUGUACAUGAUAAAUAUAGGAAAAAAACUCAAUUACAGUAAGUCUACAUAAAAUAGUUAAAUUAAGUGUAAUAGUGCAAAAACAGAAUUUUUUAAAAAAAGUAGUGAGUUAGUUGGUGUUCAUGGGUUCAAUGUCCAUUUAGAAAUCGGAUGGCAGAGGGGAAGAAGCUGUUCCUGAAUCACUGAGUGUGUGCCUUCGGGCUCCUGUACCUCCUCCCUGAUGGCAGCAAUGAGAAGGGAGCAUGUCCUGUGUGAUGGGGGUCAUUAAUGAUGGACGCUGCCUUUCUGAGGCAUUGCUCCUUGGAUCUGUCUUGGAAACUAGGGGGCUAGUGCUUAUGAUGGAACUGAGUAACUCCAUAAUUUUCUGUAGCUUUUGACCCUGUAGCUGAAUAAUGGUGACAUCUCUCUACACUUAUUUUGUGAAGUGAUAGUAAAAGUUUGCCAUGGUGAGGUGAUUUUGAGCCAUGAACAUCAAGUUUUCCCUCCACCUACGCGUAUAUUCCUCUAUUUCGGAGUUCCCAACCUUGUUUAUGCCAUGGACCAAUACCAUUAAGCAAGGGAUCGGUGGACCCCAGAUCUAUUUCCUGUGUUUCUCAGAACCUGCAAUGUUACUGCAACCACCAAAACUUGCUGCUUGUACUGAUUACUGAUACUGUGAAGAGCUGUUCUUCCCGGCCCCCUCCUCCACGUAUUUGUUGUUGAACAGCUGUUGUCCAAAGAUGUAAUCUACACUUUAACAAGUCCUGGUGGUGUUGCGUUCUAAGUAUUAAAGUGGAUUUUAUAUAACACUUCCUGUAAUGUUACAUUAAUGCUUCAGUACACUUGUAUUUAUGUAAAUUGAAAGUUUAAAUAAAGUUUAUUUG